AAUGUAAAUGCAACAUUACAGAAAAAGUUGAUGUGAAAAUUAUUGCAAUAUAACAAUUUAAAGAUUUUCACAUAACUAUAGCAAACUAUUAAAGUGUAUGCUAGACAAAGCAGAAUAUAUUCGCCGUUUAAAUUGUGUGUGCAAGAUUCACCUAUAUAUUAAGUGCUGAUGAUUGUACAAACAUAUUAAAUGUUUUUGACACAAUUUUUAUAUAUUAAAUUUGAUUAAUGUUUUAUAAAAUAUAGUUCAAGAAACCACAAGAUUUUUGACUGCGUGUACAGUACUAUUAUUCACAUAUCGAUGUGUGAACGAACGUAAAUAAAGAUUAAGCAUGAAUCAGAUUAAAAAUAUUGGAAUAUCUGAAAAUACAAAACAGUCCAACUUCUCCGGUAAUAAUGCCACAGUUAAGAGAAAUAGCUCUACUGAAAUCAAUAUCAGUUCUACAAAAAAAAUUAAGUUAGAAGUGUCAAAUAGUACUCUUUGGAAUACAGAAGGAACAUUAAUUAAAAAAUCUGGUGGCGACAGCAGCAAGGACGAGCUUAGUAGAACGACGUUCAAAAGGGAAUGUAUUGCUAAAACAUUUCCAAAUUUUCAAAACCAAGAUUGUGAAAUAUCAACAGAAAGAGGAAAAGUACCUUUUAAUACCAUUAGAAAUCUGAGCCGGACUCUGAAUAGCUCAUCUCCAUCGAGCCCUCUUAACGCGGAGGACUAUGUUGUUAUUGCUUCAAACUUAACGGAUUAUAUUGAUGACAAAGAUUGUGAUAGAAACAAUAAAAGGAAGCAAGUUUCCGAAACAAAUUGUAGUGUGGUAAAUGUUACUGGUUGUAGUCGUAAAGAGAUAAAUUCCAAAUGCUCAGGGCAAAUCGACAGCGCUAAUUCAGGCCUAUCGCCUAUAAAUCAAGAAGGUAACACGAGCGAAAUUGAUCUAGUUAUGUUACCUUCUAUACAGGAACAGAAGUCAACUCCACAGUUGCCAAACAAUUCUGAUAGCAAUGGCCACUCAGGAACGUCUACUCGAAUUGUGGCAUCCAGUGCUAAUAUAAUGCGCCAAGGCACAGUCACCUACACGCGCAUAACAACUGCUGGUACAAUAUCCACCGGAUUACCCUCUAAUGCAACUGUAUUAAACCGUAUGAAUAUUUCGCCAACUUUGAAGAAUCAACAAGUAAUGGUGACAACAAAGAAACUUGCGUCUGAAGUUACACAAACAACAGCAAAAGUUUCAAUUGGUAAUACCACAAUAUCUGUGCCAUUGUUAAAACCUCUCAAUUCAACACAACUAAUGCAUCCAGCAAAUUCGGGACACUGCGAGCUACAAAAACAGUCGCAAACGACAACGGCAACGUCAGCACAACCACUUUCUACUCAAACUCAAAUCAAUUUGAGCAAAAUACUGAACGCAAAACGGGGUCAUAAGGGUAGCCAUCCAACAAUAGUAUCGCUUUCACAGCUUCAAAUUAAACCUGUGUCAACAACAAAAUUGGUUCAAACCAAGGUUUUUAGUAAGAAACUACCCCAAGUUCAGUGCACUGCAACUACAAAUUCGCAGCCUAAUUCUGGUCUUGUGACCAUUGCUGUUUCUAAAGCUAAACAGAAUAUUGCGCUAACUCAAUCUGGCCAAAAAAAGUCGAAUAUAAACUUUAAACCAGAUUCUGGAGGAACUUUUAAUAAUGCAUUUUUGGAUGAUGGAUCGAGUAUACCGGAGAGGAAUUUUAGCAUGGAAAGUGGUGAUUUUGUAAAUGAAAAAGUGGAAAAACAAACGGGCGAAUGCAAUAUGCUUGAUCCAAGUAUUUCACUUAAUUUAGGUUCAAUAGAAAAACCAUUGAAGAUAAUGUCUCCUGUCACAGACGAAAUGGCAUUGAAUAAAACCACUGCCACUAUAAAAAAAGUUUUGAAUCCAAACGUAAAUAUUUUACCUUUGCUUACGCCCCUAUCAAAGAAUUCAGAGCAACAAGCAAACACGGGCAUAUAUCCAGCAGUUAGCAUAAUUAGGCAAACUGCGCCACAAUUAAUUACAACUUCAGCCACAACCACUUGUGUGUCCGUAUCAACGAGCGCGUCCGACACUAAUUUUCAGACAGAUUAUCCUGGCACAAAAUCGACAAAUUUGAAUAAUCUAUGUGGAAAAUUAAACACUACGUCCCUAAUUUCGAUUCCAAAAAAUAUUUCUUUAGUUCUAUCCAAAAACAAUAUUAGUCAGCAAGCUAAGGCAACUAUAAUGUCUGCAAAUUCGAUUAGAAAUACAACCUCAAUAGAUCAAAAAGUUAAAAAAAUUAAUUUAACUGUAUCAAGUGCGCUUAACGUUACCGCAGUUAACUCUAUGAAUGUGACACAGUCAUUUAAUAACAACAACUCAUCCCCUACACCAAACCAAUCUCAUUCGCAAGAAGUCAACCAGGUUAAUAAAUCGACAGUUAUUUCUGUUGCAGUGCAGCCUCAUAAUUAUAUAAAUUCAUCUGAUCAAAGCUUAUUAUCGCGGAAAACCGUUAAAGUCACACCCUACACAUUGUCUACAUUAGGACACCACUUAGAUAAGCGAUGCAAGGCAAUUGAAGCACAUGAACAGGAUAAUCAUCAAAAUGCAGAAAUUUUACCUGCGAAACGUAGCAAACAUGAUAAUCCAGAAAACACCACAGAUAUUCUUGAAAGUACAGAUAAAAAAGAUAGUACGGAUAAUUCCCACUCCUUAGGAGAUGCAAAAUCUUUAAUAAAUAUAGACAAACACGGAAAUAUCGAAAUUAAUCAGUCAUCCAUAAUAGUUGCAAAAUCGGAGGAGUCCAACAAUGUUCUGCUUAAGAAACUUCUUCAGAACUCCAGCAGUUCACAUAAUGUGAAUGUUUUGCCAACAAGCGUUCAACAUCCAUCAACGAGUUCAGCAACGGCUUCAAUUUGUAAUCAAGUUUUACCUGCUCGUAAAGUUAUUAAUGUGCGUGCCCCUAGUUUGGGUUUAGUGAGUUCCCUGGAAGCACAAUUGGCGCGUCCAGUUAUACCUCCAGUACCAGCUAAUACUUCGACACAGGUUCAGAGCGACAUUUCGAAAUCACAAAAGAAUGAUAUUCAAGAAGAGUUACUAAUUAAAGUAAACAAUGAAAACGUUAGCACUCAAAAUGAUGCGAAGAUAAAAUCUGUCCAAGUCAUUUCAAAAGAAACCUCAUUUGUCUCCAAUCCAAAUAUAAGUCCUUUCUUAUUGGAUGAUAUGCGUCACCCCAAAAUAUCAUUAGCAGGCCAGGCCACGGAGCAGGAAUCUACGAAUAAAAGCAAUCUAAUUAUUACUUGUGAUAAAAACGAUACUAAUAAUAAAACCCAUCAAAAUAACUCUCAUGAUACCUCACCAAUAGGUAGCAAUGGAACCGACUUUAAAGAACGUGGAAAUACACAGGAAAAUAGAUCCCAGUCUAGUCAAGUGCACGCAACAAUACGUAGCGACAUCAUAAAAGAACAAAAUUUAGGUAAAGAGACUACAACCAUUUUCUCUUCAGACAGGAAAGAAGAUAUUAACACCGAAAAUGUCUCAAGCUUUGGAACAUCUAUUUCGGCGGUAACACCCAUUAAUGAAAAUGGUGGGAACCUCGAAAGUUUGAAGACCGUAAAUAAGCCGACAAAAACUUAUAAGAGCAAUUUAUUGGACGCUUCUGGGAAAUCAAAAGUACCAUCAAAAUAUGAUAACGUUGGGCUAAAUGUGUGCGUUUCUUCGUCGGUAAACAUCAAGUUGGAUAAUGUUUGUGCAAAUGAGAGUAGUUUACUCGCGGAAUGUAAUGUGCCUGCAACAUCUGCCACUCAGAAGGCGAUAAUCAUAGAUAAAGAUAUUGAGUCUAGAAAAAAACGAAAGAGAGAAUAUCAAAAGCACCGAAGGCAAUUGCUUAGCGGCAAGGAGCUUACAGCUAACACAGUCAACUCUACUUCAAGUGUACCUGGAUCAAAAAAAAAAUCAAGAAAGCUAUCUAAAAUCGAAGAGGAUUAUGACAACUUUAUUGACAAUUUAAUGGUCAACUUGAAACAAAUGAAACCGCUGCAAGUAUUGGAACCUUUAUUAAAUCGAAAUUUCGUUGUUUGCAGUACAUAUGGUUUAAGUAGUAAUCUUCCGCGUGGUGUAAAUAGUAAAGAGAACGGUGAUAUUUUUCUUACUCCUCCGCUUUUGGGAGAAUAUGGCAAUGCACAUCGUUCCAAUGCAGUCACAUUAUAUGAUUCAGGACCAUUUUUUUCAUCGGAAUGUACUAAAGAGAAACAGUUGUCUACGAUACAAAAUGAUUUUUAUGAUCAAGAGUUUUUGCCAAAUAUACGAAAUAAUUAUGAUCGGUUUUUACGAAUAUGGGGUAUUAUAAAAGAGCGUAAUAUUGAAUCUUCAGAAAUUAUUACUAACAGUAACGCUGACAUUGCGACCUCGAUGGGAGACAAAAUCAAUCGGUUGUCGUUACACCAGUUCAUUUAUCCUGGCUUAGUAGUCAUGAAUAAAAAUAGUGAUCAUUAUAUUGACCGAAUGUCUCCAAGUGUGCCGUUUAUCGAACCAACAUUUAAUGCCAAAAAAAGCUGCUUUGUAAAGUCGUUAAACAACAUUGAUGAUAUUGAAAAUGUAAAGCAAGUUAUCACACCAGGAAGCGAUACUAGGACGAAAUGUGAUGAUAGUAACAACCGAGUUGUUACAUUAUCGUUACAAUUAUCUGCUGUUAAUAAUAUAUUUGGUGUACUGAAGGACUUGGCUAAUUUAUUGCAUAUACCGGCGCCUUCAAUGUAUAAAAUUAUUGAUGCACCAUUAUUUAACUUAUGUAAAGACUUUUCACCCAAGAACAAUAAUAAGUUAACAGUUAAAAGUCAAAUAAGUUUUCAGCAAGAUGUCAUCUGUGGUAGAAAGAGAGUAUGUUACAAUUGUGGUGCCUACGUUUCAGAGGUUGGAAAUCAAGCUUUUAAAGUUCCUUUCUGUGAUAUUAAAGGAAUAUCCAAUUCCACUUUGUCUCCGAAUUUGCCGCCAAUGAAGUUGGAAUUCUGUGGUAAAUAUUGUUAUGAACAAUUUCAAUGUCCUAAUAAAACACAGUUUGCAAAUUUGACAUCAAACAUGGAAGAAAUACAAACGAGUGUUGAAAAGAAAUGUAGUAACGAGAACACGAAUGUAAACAGGACUGGUGGAAAACAAAGUAAUACUAUUAAAAAGCCCGAAACUAAAGCUUGCAGCUAUAAACACUAUAAUGCCGAAUGUUUUAAAGAAUUACAAAAGAUUAUUCAUGUUUCUGAAAAUGAAGCGAAUGAAGCUCAAAUCUAUAUAAAUGAUCGACGUAUGGAUGAAAACUGCGAAAAAAGUGGAUUUGCUAGCUGCAUCUUAAACAGCAACUUUGAAGAUAUGCGUCAAUGCGUUUUUUGUUACCAACGCGGGGACGGUGUAGCCAAUGGGCCUUCACGACUAUUGAAUUUCGAUAUCGAUAAAUGGGUUCAUUUAAACUGUGCGCUAUGGUCCAGCGAAGUUUAUGAGACUAUAAGUGGAGGGCUUAUGAACUUUCCGGCAGCUUUACAGGUAGGCCUUAAUCAGUCGUGUAGUGGCUGCCAACAACUAGGUGCCACCGUGCGAUGCUUCAAAAACCGAUGCACCCAAGUUUUCCACUUGCCCUGUGCAAUAAGGGAGCACUGUGUUUUCUACAAAAACAAAACAAUACAUUGCCAGCAGCAUGCAAAUCGAUUAGAAAAGGAGAACGAGCUGACAUCUCUUAUCGUUCAGAGAAGAGUUUUUGUUGAACGAGAUGAAAAUCGGCAAGUGGCGACUGUUAUGCAUCACUCAGAAUUGACAAAUUUACUUCGUGUCGGUACCUUAACAUUUUUGAAUAUUGGACAAUUACUUCCACAUCAAUUAGAAGCCUUUCAUAAUAUGGAUCACAUAUAUCCUGUAGGAUACAAAGUCAUUCGUUUUUAUUGGUCAAUGAAAAGGUCGAAUCGACGCUGUCGGUAUAUAUGCUCCAUAGCGGAGGUUGCUAGUCGCCCCGAAUUUCGAAUUCAAGUUCAAGAACCCGGAAAUGAAAUCGAAUUGCGCGAUUCUUCCCCGAAUGCUGUAUGGAAACAGAUUUUAGCACCAAUUGCAUUAAUGCGCAAAAACAAUAAAGUUGUACAACUUUUCCCCCAAUUUAUUUCCGGUGAAGACUUGUUUGGAUUAACAGAGCCAUCUGUAGUUCGGAUCAUAGAGAGUUUACCGGGCAUAGAAACCUUAACGAACUAUCGCUUUAAAUAUGGUCGUAAUCCCCUUUUAGAGUUACCGCUUGCAAUAAACCCCAGUGGAUCUGCACGAACCGAGCCAAAACAGCGGCAAAUUGUUGCUUGGAGAAAACCUCAUACGCAACGAACUGGCUCAACCGCAAACCAACGUAUGGCAAAUUCUACAACAUCUACUAUAGCUGGAGAAAUAGCCUGCCCCUAUAGUAAGCAAUUUGUCCACUCAAAGAGCUCGCAAUAUAAAAAAAUGAAACAGGAGUGGAGAAACAAUGUAUAUUUGGCAAGAUCGAAAAUACAAGGGCUUGGUUUAUACGCUGCUCGUGAUAUAGAAAAACACACCAUGAUAAUAGAGUACAUUGGUGAAGUGAUUCGCACCGAAGUGUCAGAAAUUCGCGAGAAACAAUAUGAAGCAAAGAACCGAGGAAUUUAUAUGUUUCGUUUGGAUGAAGAUAGAGUUGUUGAUGCUACGUUAUCUGGAGGAUUAGCUCGUUAUAUCAAUCACGCCUGCAAUCCGAAUUGUGUAACUGAGACUGUUGAUGUUGAUCGUGAGCUUCGAAUUAUCAUAUUUGCUAAGCGAAGGAUUAACAGAGGAGAAGAGCUGUCGUAUGAUUAUAAAUUUGAUAUCGAAGACGAUGCUCAUAAGAUAUCUUGCAUGUGUGGUGCCGCAAAUUGUAGAAAAUGGAUGAACUGAGCCGCUAUUUUUAUUGUAGUGAACUAUAUUAAGAAAACUCAUAUCAAUAUUAUAUAAAUUAAGGAGUAAAAAAUAUUAGUGAUAACUAAUAUUAAGCGAAUAUAUUUAAUAUCUUCUUCGUUAUAUAUGUAUAAUCAUGUAAUGUUAUAUAAUAUUAAAUUAAAGUUGCGUGGAAUUCUAUAUCCCUGCAGAAUAACAAGAAUAAAUAGUUUUAAAUUGUAAAAUUGCCUUUGCUUUUGACAAGUACAAACCUAUCAGCUAACCACAUGUUUUUAGCACGUAAUAUGGGUAAAAAAUAUUAGCUUACGGUUACUAGAAUGCAUUUCUUCACAUAACUCAAAAAUAUAAUGCUUACCGUUAUCUUUCUCACCGUUUGGUAUAUUUGGACAUAACACUACCAUAUAUGAAACUAACAAAGCAAUUAAAAAUAAUGAUAAAGAGUGUUCUGUCUUAUAAUGUUUACCGAAUACCGAAUUUUAAAAUUAACGAACUUUGUCUAAGUACUCCUAAUACACUAUAUUUUUAUUUAUUUUUUAUAACUGAACUGGGAUCCCCAUGUACAAU